CUUAAUCAAUGGAGAGCUCUGCGAAAAGCAACUCAUUACGGCAAUAGAUAUAAUGUAAAAACAAAACUAUGGCUUUUCCGAAAUCAAAAAUUGACCAGGACGAACUGGAGGAGGAAUUAUUUUAUCAAUCUAUACUCGGGCACUGCCAACUUUUGAUCCGUGUAUUGCAGUCCUCUUCUAUCUACAGAAGUUUACUUGAUUUGCUACUAAGAAAGGAGUUUCUGUAUUUAACUCUAGCCUUGAUAACCAUUCUCCUAAUUAUUUCAAGGUUUGACAAUGAACGCAGAAUUUUUGGUUGGUUUCGAAGCUUUUCAUCCUGUACACUGGUAAACUCAUUCUUCAUCCAACCAACACAAACAUCAGCUACAGACUGGGAGGAGGUUCAAGAUUGCAGUAUAAUAUACAGUCUUCAAGGAAGACGACAUGGUAACGAGGACCGAGCAGUUGCACGUGUUGUUAAAACGGUGGACGGGGAUGUGCGCAUUUUUGCUGUCAUGGACGGACAUGGCGGAGAGUUUGCUGCAGAUUUUGCUAGAAAGCAUUUAAUAGAUUCUGUGGAAAAAAAGAUUGAGCAGAUUAAAUACUUAGCAAGUACCAAGAGGAAAGAGGAGAAAAUUAAAUAUUUUUUCAAAACUCUCGGACAAGUUCCUGAAUCUGUAAAAACAUAUCUGGGUGUGACGGAGCAGGAGUACAACAGAAUAAUUCCUAAACCAAGAAAUGAAUCCAGUUGUUCUGAAAAUGAAGAAAAAAAUGCCGGGACUGGAAAUGAGAAGUCAGCUGAUGAUAAAUCAAAUAUGGCGGAUGAUGUGAAUCCAGAAAAAAAAUCAAACAAUCAAAUUGUUUUGAGCAACCGACAUAAAUCUUUAGAGGAGCUCCCCAUCCCAAAAACUCCAAUACCACCAGCCAGAAAACCAUUCAAAGAAAACAGAAAAACUCCAAAAAUAAAAUCCAAAAACAAGAAAGAGGAUUCUGUUGAAAAAGAACCUGAAGUGACAGACUACAUAGGCUGUUCUGGAGAACUUCUGUACGCUAAACUUAUGAAUGAUGAAAUACUAAAAUGUGAUAAAAAACUGCUUAAAGCUGCCAAACAAGCGAACGCAAUUGGAGGGACGACCUUGCUGCUGAGUAUUCUAGAUAACGGAUCCUUCUGGGUUGCUAAUGUAGGGGACAGUAGGGGUGUUUAUAGUACUGAGACAGGACAGGCUGUACCUCUAUCUUUUGAUCAUAAACCUUGCCAGCUGAAAGAGAAGCGAAGAAUACAGGAGGCGGGGGGCUUCGUGUCACUAAAUGGUGUUUGGAGGGUUCAAGGUGUACUUGCUACAUCACGUGCACUUGGGGACUUCCCACUUAAGGAGAAGAAAGUAGUUGUAGCAGACCCAGAUAUUUUAUCCUUUAACAUCAAUGAUCAUAAAAUGGAAUUUGCAGUUCUAGCAAGUGAUGGUUUGUGGGAUACUCAUAGUAACGAGGAGGUCAUUGACAUACUCAGACAAUCAGACAGGGAUUCAAGUGCGGUGAGAACACUUGCUCAAGACUCUUAUACAAGAGGAUCUACGGAUAACAUAACAAUAAUACUCAUCAAUAUUUAAGUAAAAUAAAUGUGUUUCUAUAAAAAUA